CAAUGAAGGCCGAGAUUAUGUCGAUAAAGCAAACCAGAACUAUCAGAAAACGCUUCAGGAAAUUAUGAUAUGUUAGUUGUGGAGAUUGGAAAACUUCGAACUGCAAAAUCUAACUUGAAUACGACAGUGGCAACAGUUGUGUCGGAGCUUGAGCGAGCUCAGCUUCCAGCGCACAAAGCUCAAGGUCACGCCGAAAUACUCAAGAAUCGGGCCGAUGAACUGGAUGAUUUGCUGGCAGACACUCGUCAGGUGGCUGAAAAUGCUCUGGAAGCCGCCAAUGCUUAUAAUAACAUCGUUAUUGCCAUUGAUGAUGCUUACAAUGCCUCUGUUGUUGCCAAGAAAUCUGCUAUGAGGGCUGUUGAAAUGUCUGAAGGUAUCAGUGACCAAGCUCUGGACUCUCAGAAGAAGUCUGAAGAAAAAGUAUGGACUCGCUGAGCUGAGGGUGGUUCAAGUUGAAAGUGAGCUUCGUCCUCAGUUGAUCAGUGCUCAGAAAGAUGUACAAAAUCUAAAAGAUAUCAAUUUAUACAUCAGUGGCUCCUUAG